AUGGCACAGAGCAAUGGCGCUACCUCCCUAGAAUGGGUGACAGUCAAAACAACUCUACCAAAACCCUAUCCUCCCAUGUCGGAGCGGGAGCCCAUCCGAACUGAGCGCCUCAUCCUCAGGCCAUACGCCGCCACAGACCUCAAUGACUUUCACCUCCUCCGCAUACAGCCCGAAGUAAUGAAGUGGACAACACAGGGCAAGCCCGACACAGACCUAGCACAAACCGAAAAGGUCCUCGCAGACAGGCUACCGGGCACUGAUGGUGAAUCAGCCUACGAGUUCGCCAUCUGCUGGGCAGAGACCGGCGAGAUGAUUGGCACAGGAGGCUCUCACAUGCGGGAGGGAGAGCUCGGCUGGCCCGUCGUCGGCUACAUGUUUCGAUCCGAGUUCUGGGGCAAGGGCAUCGCGACGGAGGUCAUGAGCGCCGUUCUCAAGGCGUACUGGGCACUUCCCCGAGAAGAGGUCGAGAUCAAGGUGGAGAAGAGCACCGUCGAGGGCGAGGGCGAGCGACAGCCAGAGCACAUCACUGCGGUGACGGUGGAUAGCAACGGGCCCAGUCAGAAUGUGUUGGGCAAACUUGGCUUUAAGCUAGCCAAGAAAUGGGAAGAAGAGGAACCUAAUACGAAAGUGAUGGAGCUCCUCUAUGGAUAUGCCGUGCAAACGCCGAACGCCUAA